UUGCCAAACUUUGUUGUCCAUGUGGGUUUCGAUUUCCCGACGAAAAGCAAAGAUUUCAAACCUUUUAUCCCCUUCUCGCUGACGGGACGCGGGAUAAAUAAAAACACUACCUCUUUUAGAAGAGUCUAACGACGACGACCAUUUGUCCUUUUUUUCAAUAACUCCUCCUCCACUACCACGACGACGUAUGCUCGACUACUCCUCUUCAAAGGGUUUUACGCACAGCAGGAAGCACCUUGACGAGACCGGGACGCUUCACUCUUGCUUUCACGCCGCUCGGACAUGCAGCCCUGCGCAACUCAAAAAGCAGUCUCCAGUGAGCUGUUUGAGUCUCUGAAGCUGUACUUGAACAACAAGAACAGACUGCAGCCCAUCAUCGGGCUGCGCAGCAUCACGGAAUGCGUGAAGGUGGGCUCGCCCAGCCGAGAGGUGCUGUACCUUUGCGAGGUGUGCGAAUGUAGACUCAGCAAAGGCGACAUGCGCAACCACAUCAUGGGCAGCCUGCACAGAUACAACUACACCAAAGCGUGGUACCCUGACCUGCUGUCUGGCGUGAAGGAGGACAGUGACAUGUCUCUGCUGGCCAGGCCGCUCAUGGAGAUAGCCAGGACACUGGAGGACAAGGACGGCCCCGGGGACAUCAAGCUGCUGGAGGUUGAGGAUGCUGCGUUCCAGAGGAUCAAAGGAUACAGUAACAGCGAGGCAAUCAAUCUGAUCAGGCUCCUCGCGCAUGGGCCCGCCCAGACCAACACCCGCUCCAACUCGGCGUGGACGGAGCAGGACGACGAUCGGUCUCAGAGGGUGGUCUUUCUGGCCCACAGUGAGGUCCUCGUCCCUGCCGCUGAACAGGAUACCUCGUCCGAGGGCGUGGUCCAUCAAGCCCCUCUUGUGCGAGUUCAGGGCAGUGGCCGCAACUUCCUGAAUGGCUACAAAGGAGGGAAGCCUCUGAUUGGUCUUCACAGGGUGUCCGAGUGCAUCAGCGACAACGGCUACACUUCCUGCUUCCUGUGCCACUGCUGCUGCACGCGAGUCAACAAGAGGGGUCUCAUUGACCACGUCAGCAGCUCGGGUCAUGUCUUCAACUACCUGAUGGAAACCCGCCAUGAGCAGGUGGAGGUCAUGGGGCCCGAUGUUCAUAACAAAUGUCAGCUUCUGCAGUCGCUGGCUGAGCAGGUGGAGCGCGAGGAGGGACGAGGAGACAUUGAGGUGAUCAAUGCACCCCAGUUCCUUACUGGCCUCCUCCCUACUAAAAGUUACAACUGGUGUAUCAAAAGGCUUUGGAAGAGGAGCCACCCAAACGCCCGCAGGUGGAAUAAAGCCGUCCAAGGUUCAAGGGUCACCAGGCCGCCCAAAAAGGGAGAGGUUCACAGGAAGAAGAGAGGGACGGAGGUGAAAAACACAGUGUUCAAGGUAAGCCUGCCUCUUACUGAAGGUCCGCUGCUGUUGGAGAGGACGUGUUUCAGCCAGGACAGCCCGCCUGGGUCGCCGGUCUCCUGGCCCGAACCCCAGGAGGAGGAGCCUAAUUUGGAGGUGGAGGAGGAGCCUGAUUUGGAGUGGCAGGAGCCCAAUUUGAACGUUGACUCUGAACCAUUUACCGAGAACCAGUCCUUUGACACCGAUCGGUACACGCCAGCCGACUUGACUGUCACUCACUUUGAGCAUCAGUCUGACAUCGGUGGCGACGUGAAUCCCGACAGACUGCAACAUUUCCAGGAAAGCACAGGGAGGAACUCGAAUUCUUGGCAAAGUCCCGCGCCGGUUGCCGAGUGGUCCACGUACAGUCACGCCUACUCGCGCCAGGAGGGGUACGCCCUGCAGUGGCACAACUCUUCUUUACCGCACACGGCACACCCAAGCUGCAACGCUCACGUAGAGAGACAAGACCUUCCCACUAUUACUUCCCAAUUCGGCUACCAGCCGCAUCCCACCGCACAGCCCGCAUCACACGGCAUCAGCGGUGUUGCGGGGCACCACAUGAGCGCACAAAAGUUGCCGCCUCCCUUUGCUUAUCCUCCAGCCGUUCACGGCAACGGGACAAUGCCGGGACACGGACUUCACUUUCACGGGAUCAAGCAGGAACAAUAUCAGACGUACACGCAAUUCCAAAGCGGUCCCGUCCCAGCGGCCCAGACCUACUGGACUCAACCUGUGGCUUACCAGGCCGUCCAGGGGCAGGUGUACCAGGGUUAUCACGCGUCGCCCUGGUCGCAGCCCACGCCCUACUGUCCACACCCACCCAGCCAUUGGAGGGCACACCCCGAUGCGUUCGUCCCACCAGGGCCAGCUUUCUGAAGCCACAAGCUCUGUUCAGUCCAUCCAGCAGUUGUUUAUGCAAAAAUACCAGUGUUAUGUCAUGUUACUUUAAUGGACACUUUUUAGUUUUUUUAUUCACUUAGUUUGGGGACUAUCUCACAUAUGCUGAGAAUAUGGGGACACUGAAUGUUAAUUCCCUAAGAAAUGCUGUAAUGUUGGACAUUUCAGACAGCAAGUUUGUUGUGCAGUCAGGUGACGGCACAAAUAUGGCCAUUAGAUUUAUGUUUAUACCGAAUUGUUCACAUCACUUUGAAUGUGAUAACUGACGCAGAAGACACUGUUUAUGCUUAUUGUACUAAUCAUAAAGUUGCACGCACGCACACACUUUUGUUUUGUGCAUUGCAUCAAGAUUCAGGUUUGUUUUGCACCAUGUUUUACCUGAUGGUGCGUUUGUGUGUGAAGAGAUAGAAAUUAUAAUAUUUUCUAUUUUGUUAACGUUGGAUUUCGUAUAAAACUAUCACAAGU